GCGCUAAAAGAUUGAUUUAGCGUUUUAAAGAAAUCUCUAGAACUCUUGAGAAAAAUGAGCAGACGGAAUGUCGACUACGAAAACAAAGAAGCCAAAGAUUUACCUCCCCUGACAAAUGCCGCACGCAAUGGGCAAUUUAACGAAGUCAAGAGGCUUAUAAAAUCACAAUCCAAUAUCAACGAAGUGGAUAAGUACGGGCGCACUGCGUUAAUCUGGGCAUCUCUAAACGGGCACAGCGACAUUGUCAAUAUUCUUUUUAAGUCAGGGGCAACAGUGAAUCAAGCGGAUAAAGAUGGUAAGACAGCCUUGAUGAUGUCAGCGUCUGAAGGGCAUGCAAAUAUUGUCUAUAAUCUUUUGAAAUGUAAAGCGAAUAUUAACCACAGGAACACUAUCAAAGGGACGGCACUUAUGUACGCUUGUAAAAACGGGCAUUCCAAGAUCGUGGAUCUUCUCCUGCGGUAUUCGGCCAAAGUGAAUGCAGGGGACACCGUUGGGUACACAGCGUUAAUGCUAGCGUCUUUGAACGGGCACACCGCUAUCGUUGAAAGUCUCCUUAAGCACGGGUCUAGUGUCAACAAAGCGUCUGACAGCGGCCUAACUGCACUGAUGCUGGCGUGUUUUAAUGGACACACGGACACGGCCUGUGUGCUGGUCAAAUCAGGAGCGAACGUGAACGACGCCAACAAACACGACUACACCCCUUUGAUAAUAGCUUCACACAAGGGACACGCCGAUGUAGUGAAGCUACUUCUGAAAUCAGAGGCGGACACCAACCGAAAAACGAAAGAUGGGUGCACAGCGCUUUUAUGUGCCGCAAAGGCGGGCCACCACGAAGCGGUCAAGCUUCUGUUAAAAACUAACUCUAACAUAGACACUGCUAAUAGGUACGGAUGGACAGCCCUACUGUACGCAACAGAAAAUGAAGAUCUACAAAUAUUUAACACGCUUGUACAGCACAAAGCGAGCGUCAACGUUGCGUCCAGCGAUGGCAUCACAUCUCUCAUUGUUGCGUCAGAGAAGGGACACUUAAAAAAAGUUAUUACACUUCUGAAAUCUGGAGCUAAGGUAAACGCUGAGGACUCAGGCGGCUCCACUGCACUGGUGUACGCAUCUCAGAAUGGACACAGCAAAAUAGUACAUCACUUAAUCAAACACCAAGCCAGCGUUAAUCAAGCCAAUAAAAAAGGCUGCACUGCUCUGAUGAGCGCUUCCAAAAAUGGACACCACGAUAUAGUCGCGAGGCUUAUUAAGUGUCGCGCUGAACUUGACGCCACGGAUGUCAGAGGCUGGACUGCUUUGAUGUUAGCCACACGCUACGGGCAUAACACUGUGGUCCAGAGUCUUAUCGAGGCCAAAGCUGAUGUGAAUAAAGCCGAAAAAGAAAGCUGGACAGCCCUCAUGGUAGCAUGCCUAUUUGGACACAUACAAAUCGUCCAGGCUCUUUUAAAAGCUAAUGCUACAGUAAAUUGUGUAAAUGACAAAAGAUGUUCACCGCUAAUGCUUGCUUCUCUUAACGGUCACACGGAAAUAGUUCUGCUACUUCUUCAAUCUUCAUCUAAUGUCAACGACUCUGACGUAAAUGGAUGCACUCCAUUGAUGUUUGCGUCCAAAAACGGGCAUCAGGAUACGGUUGAGGCUCUGAUAAACAACAAAGCCAAUGUCAAUCAAGCAACGAAGAAAGGCUACACAGCCUUAUCAGUGGCGUGUCACGGUGGACACACACAAACUGCAACGGCGCUGCUGAAGAUGUCCGCUCUAGUAGACCAAGCUGACGCCAAAGGAUGGACUUCUCUAAUGCAUGCGUCCAAAAAAGGGCACUUCGAAGCCGUAAGAGAAUUAGUUCGAUGCAGUGCCAACGUUAACGCAACAUCUUGCGACAGCUGGACAGCGCUAAUGUUGGCAGCACAAUACGGAUUUAAGCAUACAGUUAGUCUACUUUUACAAUCCCAUGCUGAUGUUAACAUGCAAUCAAAAGAAGGAUUUACUGCCUUGAUGAUCGCAUCAAUCAAUGGAAACAAAGAGAUUGUUAUAAAACUGAUUGAGAACGGAGCUAUAGUUAACAAGACCAACCACUAUGGACGCACUUCACUGAUGUGUGCUUCUCAGACUGGACAAUACGACAUUGUGAGUGUUUUAAUUCACCACAAAGCUAACGUCAAUGAAGUGGAUCUCGAAGGAUGGACGUCUCUGAUGAUCGCAUCUCAAAAAGGUCACUUGCAGGUCAUAGAAUGUCUUCUCGCUGCUCACGCCAAUGUAAAUACACGCGAUAGAGAAGGCAACACGGCGCUAAUGAUUGCAUCCAUGAAUGGAUACCCUGAAGUGGUGCAUACACUUGUGAGGUCUCAGGCCAACGUUAAUGCUAAAAAUAAACAUGGUCAAACAGCACUUAUGCUAGCGUGUCAAAAUAAUGUGAAAAAUGUAGUGAGAAUUUUAAUUCAACAAGGUGCUAAUAUAAAUGAGUCUGACAAUGAAGGCUCUACAGCCUUAAUAGUAGCGUCUCUCUCUGGAUAUAAGAGUGUAGUGAAAAUGUUGUUAGAAGCUGUCGCUGAUGUAAAUUUUCUAGCAAGCAACAACUCGACCGCAUUGAUGAUGGCAUCCUUUUGUGGUCACGUGAGCAUUAUGAGAACGUUAAUUCUUUCCUAUCACGCCGAUGUCAACAUUGCUGAUAGCGAGGGGUGGACCGCACUUAUGUAUGCUUCCGAGAACAGCCAGUCCGAGGCUGUUGACGUUUUAAUCAAAUCUCAAGCAGACGUGAAUGAGGUCAAUGCAAACGAUUGGUCAGCAUUAAUGAUCGCCUCCAAAUGUGCAGAUAUUCGAACAGUAGAUAUGCUUGUAAAACAUGGAGCCAGUAUAAAUCAAUGUACGUCUGAAGGAAGGACGCCAUUAAUGAUAGCAUCUCAAUAUGGCCGCGUGCAGACGAUCAAACUUCUUCUGAAAAGCGGAGCACAGAUAAAUGCUAGAAAUUAUUUAGGGCACACUCCCCUGUUGUGUGCUACUGUGAAUGGACACUCUGAGGCGGUAGAGACAUUACUCAAAACUCAAGCGCAGGUUGAUGACAGAACAUUGGACGGCUGGACACCGCUCAUGUUGGCAUCGUUCAAUGGACACUUAGAAACUGUUAAUGUGCUUCUUCACUGGAACGCUAAUGUGAAUGAAGUGAACAGAGAAGGGUUCACUGCACUGAUGCUCGCAGCUCAGAAUGGACAUACAGAUAUAGUGAAACUACUAGAGAACUCUACAGCUUUAGCAGGCGUGAACAAUUCUGCUGGGGAAAAUGCUACAUUAUCUAAACUUGCAGGCCAGACAGGCAAAGAAGAGCAUUGUUUACUGCUACGUUCCCAGGAUAGCGCACAUGGCAAUGAUACAGACAGAAGGGAAUCGCUUCUUCAAUGUCAAGUUGAAAACAGAUGGAAGACAGAAGACCCUCCUACCUCUAGUUUAAAUAGCCCGGAGCCUUCAAAUGUUGAGCGUUUAUUGACCAGAAGUAUUAGUCUAACCAAAAGUGGUACAGCUACAAAUAUUGGCCCAAUCAAUAUGGCUUAUGGUAAAGUUCGACAACCGACAGUUGAUCUAAACACCACAACAGAUUCAAGAAACUUAACAAUUAAUAGAAUCAAAGCCACAUCUGGACAGAUGAAAGAAAAGACCGUAAACAGAUUCAUGCAUAUAGACUACCAGGUUCAAAAUGUUAUUGUCAACGCAUCUGUGAAUAUAUGUUCACCGCAGACGACAAAUUUAAUCUUGGAGCGACUGGAAAUAGAAAAUAUUCACGACUUCACUGUAGGAUACACCAAGAAUUGCGUAGUUGACGGCGACAUCUUUGACCAGUGCAGUUUCAAACAUAGUCGACGGAAGAAAUAGGAGCUAGUGACUCUAAGGCCAACAAUGUAAACCUGCAAGGGACAACCAGAACAAAAUUGUUUGUUCAAUAUUUCAUGUUGGAUUAAGCAGACAUUUUUGUGUCAGUCUUUGGAGUGUGCUUCCCCAAUGGUAUAAAAAUGAGUAGGCUCCCCUUUCAGACGUUGAGAUCUAUAGGGCAGAUGAUGUAAUGUUAUGUUUCUGUGUCCCACGGUGAACGAGGGUUUCAUGUGGCCAGCUGAGCGACCAACCGCCUUUACUUUUCCCCAACCAAUGUCAGGUACCGAUUAGAGCUGGAUGGACUCAUAGGCGCCUUUAAGAUCCCAAAAUUCUAAAUCCCUGUCUUCACCGAGAUUUUAAUCUAGGAUCCCCCAUUUCUUUUUUUUUUGUUCUUAUAAAAGAUUGCACAGUAGUCAUAUCUUCCUCAGGAUAGAUUGACAAUAUUUCAGAAGUAGAAGGACAAAUAAUUUUAAGCCAGUUUGAAUUUUGAACUAGGUCUAGAUAUUGAUACUAAAAAGACUGGAUCUAGACUAGAAUCUUGAAACAAUGUGUCAUGUAAGGCUGUAUGUUGCUGAGCGUCUUCUGGUUUUUGUCAAUUAGGUCUCGGGCAUAAAUAGGAAUACACAAAACUAGAACUCCAGUCUCAGACAUAUAGCACUGAAGUAACCUUACCAGACAACAACAAAAAUUUAAUAAAUGCAUAGUUGCUUAUCAGUGCAAGGAAAUCGCGUUAAAGUAAAGGGACAUAACAAAAAUAAAGGCAUGUAAUUAGGUGUGGGUUUUGUAGAUUUAAAGUUUGAUAAGUUCUUACUCUAAAUAUUGUAGGCAGUAAUGAACAUUGCGACAGUCUAGAAACAUAAAACGGGUAUUUGUAUAAUAUAGAUAUAAAUAAUAUUUAGGCAGAGACAUUUAAAACGUGACCCAAAUACUUAUUCUUAUAAUAAGAACACAUUUCUUGACCCUAGAAAAUAUAUUUAUAAACUGUCAGCACUAAUGCAAACAAGUCAACCUAAACGUCUACAUAAAGGGUUUAUGCCUCGUCUUAUCCAAUACUGACACUGUUUCAGUAAAUAAGAUGCUUAGGGUCUACGCGUGUUCCUAGGUCAAUUCUGACGAAUCCUUGAUUUUCCUGGCUGGCUAAGGCAACCCAUUCCUCGCUCUAAUAGCACUUGUGAAGAAAUUACGUUAAUCCCAGUAAUCUGCUCUUGUUUACAAUCUGAUGUGUGUGUAUAUAGUGGGGUGAAGACAGGGGUCUAUGAAAUCCUAAUAAAAACUAUAAACAUGAAUUUAGGAAGAUUGUAAAGUUUUGAAAUAAAUAGUAAAAAAACAAAACAAUGACGCUAUAACGAAAUUCAAU